AUGGCCUUGAAUGGCACGUUGGGAGAUCGUUUAACGGCCAUUUUGCAAAAGGAUCAUAAACAGACUGGCCAUAACUUCAGCUAUCCCUCCCUCCUGGCCAACCAUGAGCAGGUCCUCUCUGGGGAACGAUGCUUCCCCUGUAACCAGUGUGAGGCCCGUUUCUCCCAGUACAAGUACCUGCUCCAGUAUCAGUUCAUCUACACAGGUGAGCAACCCUAUUCCUGCCAUGAUUGUGGGUGAUGCUUCUGCCAGAGGGGUUACAUGGCCAUCCACAGGCAGGCUCACAAUCGGGAGAAGCCCUACCCUUGCCUAGACUGCAAGAGUUGCUUCACUUACUCCUACCUGCCAGCCAUCCAGCAAUGCAAGCACAUAAGGAAGAAACCCUACAGCUGUCCUAAGUGCAGCCUGUGUUUUGCAUACACCUCUCUGCUGGCUACCCAUAGACGCACACAUAGGCGAGAAGCCUUACCCUGCCCUGACUGUAGCCUCCACUUUACCCACUCUUCUCUCUUCCUCAGUCAUUGGCACAUCCACUCUAACAGCUGGCCCUUCCUCUGCCCCGAAUGUGGGAAAGGCUACAAGUGCAAAUAUGCCCUGGAAGCCCAUCAGUGGAUCCAUAGCUCUAGCGAGAGGCCAAGGUGACAGUAGCCUGCAGUAGGGCUUUCAGAGUCAAUCCCUGCUUUGAGAAGCCAGGAUCCCCCAGUUUGUUUCUAGUACUUUCCAGAUACACUUUAA